CAUUACCACAAGAUCUCCCGCCUCCGGCGAGCGGCAUGCCUGCGCCGCCACCGCCGACCGGCGGAAGGCGGUGGUGGAAGCACCGGCUGAGCCCCACGCUCGCACGGGACCGCUGCUACGCCCGUUCCUUCCGCUCGGCCGGCCUCCGCCAGGCCGCCGUGCCGCUUCCGGACGGCGCCGUCGUCCAUUUCUGGGUCCCGCGCCCCGACCCGGCCCUGCGCCCCGUCCUCCUCCUCCACGGCUUCGGCGCCAACGCCACCUGGCAGUGGGCCCCCUUCCUCCGCCCGCUUCUCGCCGCCGGCCUCGCCCCUUUCGUCCCAGACCUCGUCUUCUUCGGCGACUCCGCCUCCCCUACGGCCGACAGAUCUCCGGCCUACCAGGCCUCCUCCGUCGCCGCCGCCAUGGCUGCCCUCCCCGGCGCGCCUCAAAGGUACACCGUCGUUGGCGUCAGCUACGGCGGCUUCGUGGCCUACCACCUCGCCCACGCAUUCCCGGCCGUGGUAGAGCGGCUCGUGCUCGUCGCGGCAGGUGUGUGCCUUGAGGAAACCGACCUCGCGGCGGGGCUGUUCGCCGUGGAGGAUAUCAAGGAGGCGGCCAGCCUGCUGCUGCCGCAGCGGCCGGAGGAUCUCAGGAGGCUGGUCGGGCUCACCUUCUGCAAACCGCCAAAGUUCAUGCCGUCCUGCUUCAUCAGGGAUUACAUCACGGUUAUGUGCACUGAAAAUGUAAAAGAAAAGACCGAGUUGUUAUAUGCCUUGAUUAGUGGCAGGAAGCUUUCAGACCUUCCUAAAAUUAACCAGCAAACCUUGAUAAUUUGGGGAGAGCAAGAUAGAGUGUUUCCAUUAGAACUUGGCCUACGGCUGCAAAGACAUUUGGGAGAUACAUCGGAAUUAAUGAUCGUCAAGAAUGCUGGCCAUGCCAUAAACCGUGAAAAGCCAGCAGAGCUUUGCAGACUUAUAACAAACUACAUCAUGGACCCCUCGGUUAAAUACAGGGAUAGUCGCAAGGGAUGUUGGAAGUUUGCAUUAAGAAGAUUUGCUGGGGCCAGCCUGAGGAAGAUGGACUCGAGCCGACCAUUGAUAUGAUGCAUAUGUACACUGAUUAGUAUAUAAUAUAAGAAAUGUCGACCCUCUGAUACACAUCUAUCUCGUCAUUGAUUACUGUUAAGUCUUACCAACAUAGAGUUCACCGUGCGAAUUGUGUAGGAAUGCUAGUCACAUUGAACCUACUAUAGGGAAAAAUAGUAACGGCGGAAAGAAAAAAACUAAGCACCAAGGCCAGCUAGGUUCCUUCACACAUAAUUUGAAUUCAACUAGUCUAGAUAUUUGUUACCUGGCUUUAUGGCCUGGAUUUGAUUUUUUUUUUCUUUUUGGAGAGGAUUGCUGACCCAACUCGGCAAGAAAUUCAUGCUGACCCUGACUCCAACGGGCUACUCUCUAGGAGGCAAUCAAGAGAGAUUGUAAUGUGUUUGACAUCAUAAUUUAUCAAUGCAAACGGUGUUAUAUA